AUGAUGGCUGACAGGAGACGAGUCAAUGGCCCCCCCGGGGGCACAAGGCCGGUGGUUUUUGCAUCUACUGCUCAAUCUGGCACUGGAGCUGCAGAACGUCCUCGACGCCAGCGACAGCCUACCGACCUGAGGAAAAUCUGUAAGGCACAUGAAGCUCAUUUCGCAAAUUUCUUAAAACUGGUCUCAUUCCUACUGCCUCUGGCUCUUCAUACCUUGAAUUUGAACCGUCUGCUUCUCUCGCUGCUGCGCGCCAACCCCAAGUCUCUGAUUCCUCCGUCCUCUGCUCUCAAGCUUGCCUGCACAGUUCAUGGUCCCAAGCCACUGCCCCGUUCUGCUGCGUUCUCUCCAAACAUUGUCUUGACCACCCAUGUCAAAUAUGCGCCGUUUGCAGCUCGCAAGCGCAAGGGUCAUAUUCGUGACUCCAAUGAACGCGACCUCGGCGUUCACCUUGAGACUGCCCUGCGUGGCGCUAUCAUUGCCGAGCGCUGGCCAAAGAGUGGGCUCGAUAUCACUAUUACUAUCCUUGAAGCAGAGGAUGAUCGUUGGUGGGCAGAUACACCAGAUUCUCAUGACGCCUCGUGGGGCAUGAUGAAUGUUCUCGCUGGGUGCAUCACUGCUGCUUCAGCGGCCAUUGCGGAUGCGCAUAUUGAUUGUCUUGACCUCGUAGCCGGUGGUGUCGCAGCCCUGGUGUCGGAUAGCUCGGACGGUUCUGGGGUGGGAUCUUCUGGCCCCAAGCUCAUGCUGGAUACCGACCCGGCCGAACAUUGUUCGAUCAUGUCUGCUUGCGUUGUUGCAUACAUGCCUACACGGGAUGAAAUUUCAGAGCUUUGGCUAAAAGGUGAUAGCUCCAAGGCUUCUUUAGAAGACGGCGAUGCUCGAUCUGGGCAUGAAGCGUUGGUAGAUGGCGCCGUUGAUGCUGCUAGGGGUGCCCACACUGUCUUGACGCAGGCUGUCAGAGAGUCCCUUUUGCGAACUGUUGGUCAAUCAUAA